AGCUCUUGGGUACUUAAACGGGCUGAUGCAACGACUUCGGUUAGUCCCCAAACCUACACCAGACUCCUGACUCCCGCACUGCCCCGCAUCACCACUGCGGACCUUGGACGCCUAACAGCGGCGGUGGUGGCCGUGUCGGACAUGAUGCCGGGACAGAUACCUGACCCUUCGCUGGCGGCGGGCUCCCUGCCCAGCCUGGGCCCACUGGCAGGCAUCUCGGCCACCACGCUCACCGAUCAGCUUAAGCUGGCUGACUUCCGCCAACUGGGCACCAUGUUGUCCCCACUGCAUUUCUUAGGGAGGCUGGGGAAGAGGCCACUCGCCAUCAAGACAGAGAUGGAUGAAGAUGAAGAAAGGAGGAAACGAAGACGAGAGAAAAACAAAGUAGCAGCAGCGAGAUGCCGAAACAAAAAGAAGGAACGGACCGACUUCCUUCAAAGAGAAUCCGAGCGUCUGGAGAUGGUGAACUCGGACCUGAAGGCCCAGAUCGAGGAGCUCCGAAUGGAGAGGCAGCAGCUAAUGGUGAUGCUCAAUCUACACCGGCCCACCUGUAUCGUGAGGACCGACAGCGUCAAAACACCCGAGAGUGAGGCCAACCCUCUGCUGGAGCAGCUGUCCGCCGACACCAAGUGAAACAGGGAAAACAGGAACACCGAGUCCCUGAAAGCCAAACCAGUACCACCACAGCAGCCAUUUAAAUGAAAAUCAAACUGGCAAUACAUUUCUAGUAAAGCACUUGAGCUCCAAGCCGGAGACUUUUGGAGACUCUGCCCAAGGACCUGAGGUUGUAGGGCAUCCUCAGCACUGCUACAAGAGCUGGCUCUGUGCAUUGAACCACUGGAAUUAUCCAGUUUCCUCUCCACAUUAAGGGUUUUUGGUUACACUUAAUGCACUGUGCCUAGCUGUUACAUCAACCAUCUCUACAUAAAAAAGGGACCAAUGUAUACCAUGGAGUACAACUGGAAACAACACUGAGGAAACACACGAAUACCAACAUGGUGCUCUGUUACAAAAGCCCUGAGUUAAAUGUGUGGUGGUGUUUCAGUGCAGAGGCUCUGCGUUUUUUCCUUUUGUGUGCUAGUUGAAAUAUACAGGUCUAGAGCUUUUAGGAUACAAUACGCAAUAGAAGGAGUGGAGUUUUUUUUUUUUUUUUUGUUUUGGUAAUGUUGAUUUCUAUACCCUGCCUUGACGAUGGCAGAUACCGGUUGAUCCGAUUUGUGGUGACGCUGGCGUCAUGAAAAGCACAUAUACACAAAAAUGUUUACACCCUUGUUUUUUGGACUUGUUGUCUGUCCAUUGUUGUACUUGUUUUAUACUGCUUUGUAUACAUAAACAUAUAUGAGAAAAAAAAAAUGCUCGUCAAUCACUUGAUGUGAUUCGUCUUGUCAGUCCUCUUCCAGUCAUGUUGCGCUGUCAAACAGCUGAGAAAACAAGCAGGAAUCUCUACAGCUGAGCAGUAUUUCACUGUCUCUUCUUGACCUUUAUCUGCUAUGUAUGACUGUGUUAUCAUGAAUGGUAUAAAGUUUAUUUUCUAACUACAAGAAA